CCUGGAAAGGGGCUCAGCGUGGGAAAGGGAUAGUUGAGUUUUAACCGGAGGCUGAGCGUGAGUGGGAUCAGUGUGCACGCACCGCCCGCAGCCGAGCGCCGAGCGGCCGCCGCUGUUAACUCCUCCCUGCCCGCCGCGCGACCCUCCUCCGAGCCCGUGCUCCGCCAACAUGAAGAGAGCUCACCCUGAUUACAGCUCCUCUGAUAGCGAGCUGGACGAGACCAUCGAGGUAGAGAAGGAGAGUGCGGACGAGAAUGGAAACUUGAGUUCGGCGCUGGGUUCCAUGUCCCCAACGACGUCGUCCCAGGUUUUGGCCAGGAAAAGACGGAGAGGCAUCAUCGAGAAGCGCCGACGCGACCGAAUCAAUAACAGUUUGUCUGAACUGAGAAGGCUGGUACCCAGCGCUUUUGAAAAGCAGGGAUCUGCUAAGCUAGAAAAAGCUGAGAUCUUGCAGAUGACCGUGGAUCACCUGAAAAUGCUGCACACCGCAGGAGGGAAAGGUUAUUUUGACGCGCACGCCCUGGCUAUGGAUUAUCGGAGUUUGGGGUUUCGGGAAUGCCUGGCCGAAGUUGCCCGUUAUCUGAGCAUCAUUGAAGGACUUGAUGCCUCCGAUCCGCUUCGUGUCCGCCUGGUCUCCCAUCUCAACAAUUACGCCUCUCAGCGGGAAGCCGCGAGCGGCGCUCACGCGGGCCUCGGACACAUCCCGUGGGGGAGCGCCUUCGGACAUCACCCACACAUCGCACACCCGCUGCUGCUGCCCCAGAAUGGCCACGGGAACGCUGGCACCACGGCAUCACCCACGGAGCCGCAUCACCAGGGCAGGCUGUCCUCAGCCCAUCCGGAGGCGCCGGCCUUGCGAGCGCCCCCUAGUGGCAGCCUGGGACCGGUGCUUCCCGUGGUGACCUCGGCCUCCAAACUGUCGCCGCCGCUGCUCUCCUCUGUAGCCUCGCUCUCAGCCUUCCCCUUUUCCUUCAGCUCUUUCCACCUACUGAGCCCUUCGACACCCACGCAGGCAGCAAACCUUGGCAAGCCAUAUAGACCAUGGGGGACGGAGAUUGGAGCUUUCUAAAGAACUGAUGCUGUAGGACAAGGGAGGGGAAAGCUUAAAAUCCCAGGUGCUCUGGGACGGUUGCCAACACCACCUUAAAGUCGUCAGUAAAAGUCAGGAAAAAGGUACACUUUCAGAUAAUUUUUUUCCUAAAGACUAAAGGUUUGUUGGUUUACUUUUUUCUUUAAUUUUUUUUUUUAUCAUGUCACGUAUUAGCAGUUUUUAAAAACUUGUUAAUUUUUGUUUAAAACAUUCAUUUGAG